AUGGGUUGGAGCAACACCAUAGGCCUUGCAUCGCCGGGUAAGCCAGAGGAGUUGCGUGGUGGUGAAUUGAAGGAGAAACGGAGAGAGGUGAAGAGGGAGGAGAGGGAUAGGGUGGGUGGUUGCGAGGGAGGGAGACAAGUAAGACAUACUGAAGAGAAAUGUGGACCAGCAUGUCAACACCGGGGGCAGCUGGAGGCUUCGUUGCCCCACCAGGCACAAAUCCAGGAGGAAGUACAAAGGCUCAUAGCGGACCAGUUGCACGGAUUCCAAUACAUUGAUACUACCGACGAUGCCCUUCGUAAAAACGUGGCCAACCUUAAUAGGUCACCUUUUAUAGACAAGGUCGAGCAGACAGAACCACCGCGGAAGUUUAGCCCGCUGCAUUUCACCUUGUUUAAAAGAGAUGAAGAUCUGAACAGGCACCUGAUGCAUUACCGGAGAGCCAUGACCCUCUACGCCAAUAAUGAUGCCCUUAUGUGCAAGAUCUUUACCACGACACUCCAAGGCGAAGCGCAAGACUGGUUCCACAACCUAUUGCCACGCUCGAUCUGGAACUUCAGUGAACUUUCCUUGGUUUUCACCAAGGAAUAUUCGUUAUACCAAUCGAUUAAGAAAAAGUCUGACCACCUUUUCAACAUGAAAAAGGACCUGAAGGAGUCGCUCCGCACAUACGUCAAGAGGUUCAAGGCGGAGAAGGCGAAAAUAGUUAGAUGUGAUGACAGCAUCGCAUGCUCAGCUUUCCGAAAAAGGCUUCUAGCAAAUCACCCACUUUUCAAAGAAUUAAUCAUGGGGGAGAACCUAACCUUGGCGAACUCUUAUGCUUUGGCAUAA